AAGUUUUCUUCUCUUCCUUCUAUCUCUCUCUGAUUGAGUCUAACUUCUCUUUUCCUCUUCACUUCUUCGUCUCAACAAAUGUUACCGAUUCCAAAAAUGUCAGCAUCAAAAGCUAAAAGCCUAAGCAACCUCCUUGGUUUCGCGUUUAAAUAUCGUCAAAACUCAGCCUCUGCCGCCGCGAAUCACGCCGCAAUUUCUUACAGAUCGGCUGAGAUUCCCCGGUGUCUUCACACUUAUUCAAACUUCGAACCAGGUUUUGGUUCCACUGCAGAGGAACCAAAAAUCGAAAUCGAAACGUGGAAUCAAGAUAUUGAAACUCUUCGAAGAUUGGGAGUAAUAGUGAGCGUAGAAAGUUGUAAAACAGUCGCAAAAGAUAACAUAGAAGAGUCCAUAUCCCCCAACCCCAAUAGGAGAUCAUCAUUCAGAAUUAUACCGACAAUAGAUGAAAAAUCCGUUCUCUCUAGUGAAGGUCGAGAAAAACUCAUGAGUGUUUUCGAAUUUAUGAAGAAGCAAGGUCUCUCAAUAGAAGAAGAAAUGUAUAGUUCUGAUCUUUGUGAGUUAAUUAAUGAGCAUAGCAAAGAGGAGUUUCAGUUUCUUAUUAGAAAAAUCAAGGAGGCGUUUCCUGAUUCUUCGUCGGGACUUGGUUACUAUGAAAUGCUUUCAUGGAUUAAGAUCGACGACGAAGAAAAGAUUGAGGAGAUUGGUCGAAGAAUCAUCGACAGAUGGGACAGGCUAUCGAGCUUGGAAGUGAAUUAUCUGGAAGCAUUUUGUGUGACAUGUCAAUAUGAGUAUCUUCAAAGACUGUUAAAGACUGUUGACAUAACUAAAGCUACUUCGUUGGACCAAUUGACACCGAUAUUUGAAUAUCUUGGACGGUUGGAUUUGAUGAUUGAUGCUAAGAGGUUACUUGGGGAACUGAAAGGGACUGCAUGGGCUGAACAUAUUCCACACCUCAUUUUUAGCUACGCAACUAGCAGCGUCCACGAGAACGAGGAUAUACCUGGGAAGGCCAACGCAUUUGAGAUGUGUAGGGUCCUGCAUACAGAGGUCGGGUUUAAACCUUCCUUUGAAUUUUUUGAGAAGCUGAUCGCAUUUGAAUGUGACUCACAAGAUGAUCAUCAUUACUCACAACAUGAUCAUCGUAAGAUACCACUUGCAGCAAAAAUAGUAGAUGAAAUGAGGGAAAAUGGUUUGAUAGAAGACUCGGAGGACGGGCGUUAUUUUCACGACACCAUUGAGAGGAUUUAUGGGAUUGAUUGGCUAAGUACUACAGAAGGUGUGAUCAAUGAUAUGGGGUCGAAAAAGUUUCAACUAAACAAGUUCAUCAGCAAGUUCUCAGAUUACAAGGUCGAAUCACGAUGCUUCAUCACCACAUUCGUUCGCCUCGCCGUCAGAUCUACCGGAAAACCCUCCAACACAGCCGCUUUUGCCGCAAGAAACGUCAGGGCUCUCAACACAGCAGCUAUUUCUGAACCAGAUAAUUCCAGUGAAAUUUCACAACAAAAAUUGCCUCAAUAUGCGUCUAAAACAAGUUGGUCUGCGAAACUACGAUCUGCUCUGGAUAAUGGUGCUGAAACUUCAGCAAUAUCUAGACUUGAGUCAUCAGGAUUCGAACUAGAAGAUGAAUGUCAAGCCGCGGUUCUACUUAACAUAGAAAAUGCUCAGAGGAGCAAUAAUGAAGAGUAUGUCACUGAUCAGAUCGCAAAGGCUUUCGAAAUUAUUGCAGCCAUGAAAGGAUCACAUAUCAAUGGAAAUGAAAAAGUCUAUGGUCCUCUUCUUCACUUCUUAAUUGAUAAGAAAAUGGUAGAAGAAUUCCAUAUGCUUGUUGAAGCAAUGAGGGAUGAUAGUGAUCAUUAUUGGUUACGGGAAAAGUUAGCGAGAUUAGGUUACUAUAAAAUGCUUCUUUGGAUCAAGCUCAAAGACGAAGAAAAGAUCAAAGAAGUUUGUUCUAUGAUUAUCAAAACGUUCAAAGAAAAAAUUGCGGUAGAAAAAAAUUGUUCCAAGCCACCUGUUAUCCGUCGCGGCUGGGAAAUCCAUCGAAUGGAACUUUGCAAUAAACAAUGUCCAAAAUUAACGAAACAUUAUCUGCUUGCACUUUGUGAGAAAGACCAGCAUAAGGAGGUUUUGAGGAUAUUAGAAACUCUAGACAUAACCAGAGUCGAGUCUUUUCGCCUUUGGACAAGCAUUUUCGAACACCUUGGAAGGUCGCUAUCAGAAUCUGUUGCAAAGAAGCUCCUCCGUGAACUGAACAAGAAUGGUCUUUCUGAUUAUAGAGAGCAUGACGUUUCUGAGCUGAUCUUUAGCUACGUAACCAGCAUUCCUAACCUGUCGGUUGGUGGUGCGUUUUUCAAGUUCAAAGAGUUGCUUAAAGAGCUGAAAAUUUCUCCUUCAACCGCAUCAUAUGAGAAGCUUAUCAAAUAUAGUUGCGAUUCACGAAAGGAGGAAAUUGGUCUAUACAUACUGCAACACAUGUAUGAAGUGGGUCUAAAAGUACCAUCAAACGAUGCGGUUUACCUUUUUCGUACCAUUGAGAAGAACUAUGGGUUUAAUCUGGUUAGAGGUGUAGAAGAUGUGCUUACAGAGAUGCAUAAAAAAGGGGACAAAAGUAGAAUGUUCAAUCUACGGUUGGCUGAAUACAUUUUGGAGACCAAUCAUGUAAGUAUUGGGAAAGAGAAUCCUAAAGCUUCAAAGAAACAAUCUGAUUUAGAGGAAACUAGUGUUAAUGGAAACGAAGCUACAUUGAGGUUAAUACCUCAUGAGACCAAGGAAACUUUCUCUGAUGAGGAAGUGGAGGAGGAGGAGAAGAAAGAGAGUAGUUUUGAGAUGAAAUCUUGUGAAUCAGUGUUGCAAAAAGGAAAUGUUUUGGAGAUAGUUGAUAAUGUACGACCAUUGCAGCCUAGGAUGAGUAGGAUUGGUAGUGUUAGUAAUGGAGAUAGAGCUGCUAAGGUUAUUGCUGGUUGGCCUUCUUGGUUAGUUUCAGUUGCUGGUGAAGCUAUUAAUGGAUGGAUUCCUCGUAGUGCUGAUUCGUUCGAGAAGUUGGAGAUGAUUGGGCAGGGGACGUAUAGCAGCCUUGCUUCAACCCCUGGGAUUAAGUUCUCUCAGGCACAGAUUAAAUGCUAUAUGAAGCAAUUGCUGCUUGGUACAGGAUGCAUACUUGCUGAACUCUUUACUGGAAAGCCUCUUCUGCCCGGAAGAACCGAGGUAGAACAAAUGCAUAAGAUCUUUAAACUCUGUGGAUCACCUUCUGAGGAGUAUUGGAGAAGAUCACGCUUGCGGCAUGCAACCAUCUUUAAACCUCAACAUCCGUACAAGCGAUGUGUAGCCGAUACAUUUAAGGAUCUUCCUUCUUCAGCUUUGGCCCUCCUUGAGGUUCUUCUAGCUGUAGAACCAGAUGCACGUGGAACCGCAUCUUCUGCCCUUCAAAGCGAGUUCUUUACGACAAAGCCUUUUCCAAGCGAGCCUUCAAGUUUACCGAGAUAUCAGCCAAGGAAAGAAUUUGAUGCCAAGCUUCGAGAAGAGGAAGCAAGACGAAGGAAAGGUGCGAGCAGUAAACAGAAUGAACCGAAGCGGUUGGCUAGGGAGUCCAAAGCUGUACCGGCUCCUAGCGCCAAUGCUGAGUUACUGUCAUCAAUACAGAAACGGCUAGGGCAGACUAACAAGACAAGCGUGAGUGAGACGUUCAAUCCUGAGGGAGAUUCUGGCAAUGGCUUCCGGAUCGAACCACUGAAGGGUAUCACCGCACAAAAUCCCUACCCAAUCUACACAAACGGAGACAAUCAUCCUAACGGAUCAAGCCAACUGAGAACGCAAAGGUCCUAUGGCCAACGCGGGGCAGCCCAAUUGUCGAGAUUCUCAAACUCAAUGGCACCUACUAGAGAUGGAUCACAGUUUGGAAGUAUGAGAGACGCUAUAGUGAAUCAACGCUGGCUUGAAGAUGGUUCAGAGAAUUUCAAUUUGUCCCAAAGAUUGCUGGAGAAACCUAAUGGUUUUAGGAAAGAUGACCCCUCAUCCUCUAGCAAAGAUUCAAUAAUGGGCUAUGAUGGUGAGAAGAGAGGGAGGAUUCAAUACUCAGGACCCUUGAUUCCAGGAGAAGGAAACUUGGAUGAAAUGUUGAAAGAACAUGAAAGACAAAUCUUGUUGGCUGUGCGACGAGCUCAAGCCGAUAAGGCUAAGAGAGACGAUAACCGACAAGCUCAAGCCUCGUUUCCAGCUAAUGGAAGGUGAUAUUUUGGGAGAUUUAUUCAUAAUGAGUUUCUUAGAGAAAAUAGUACAAUAAUAAACAAACUUUUUGGGAAAAUCUGAUGAUGGUUCUUCACCAUACUUGCCAUUUUUUGUUUGUUAGACUUUGUAUGGUUUAGAAGAAAGGUUUAGGAUUUAGAAUCUUGGGUUGUAUAGUCAAAUUGCUAACAGUUUACAUGACUUAUAUUUUCCAUUCUUUUGAUAAUCUAAUAAAUCUCGAUUAAGUAA